GACAAGAGAAACUACAAUUCCCACAAGCGCUCGUAGCUGGUUAGCGCAAAUAGAUGGUUUAUAACGAAGUUGUUUUGCUUCAUCCUGCUUGUUGAGGAUCUGCGGACCAACAAGAAAAGACACAGAUAAAGCUCAGAUAAGGCGCUCCUAUGUUGGUAAAAGAAGAUGAAAGAGCAUGAUUUGGGAAAGGACUGCCUGGCCGCUGGUUCUGGCUACAGGGCCGUUCCUUCCAGAGACGUCUUACCUGGAAACGAAGUGGACCACUAUCAGCUCUCCAACGUCCAGGAUGCUCUGGAGACAGCAGGCAGGGCUGAGGGCGGCUUCCCGCUGGACGGAGGGAGUGUUUCUCACACUAAAGAGCUGGAGGAGGACGCAGGCCGAAGCAAAUAUCACCACAGUGUGGGCGUCCUUAAGCCUUUCCGGUCAACCAGCAAGCAUCAGCACCCGGUGGACAACGCCGGCCUCUUCUCCUUUAUGACUUUCAGCUGGCUCACUCCACUGGCCUUGCUUGCUCACAAGAAAGGUCAGCUGUUCCUGGAAGACGUGUGGGCUGUGUCACGUUGGGAGAGCUGCGAGACCAAUCGCAGACGGCUGGCAGGGCUGUGGGAGGAGGAGCUGAGGCUGAAAGGUGACCAGGCCUCUCUUCACCGCGUUGUCUGGCUCUUUUGCCGAACCCGUCUACUGCUGUCCAUCCUGUGCCUCAUGGUCACUCAGCUUGCCGGCUUCAGCGGCCCAGCGUUUGUGGUCAGGCGGUUGCUGGAGUACACGCAGCGGAGCGAGCCGGACCUGCCAUUCGGCCUGCUGCUGGUGCUGGGCCUGCUGACCACUGAGAUGGUCCGCUCCUGGUCCCUGGCCCUCACCUGGGCCCUCAACUACCGCACUGGUACGCGCCUGCGUGGAGCCAUCCUCACCAUGGCCUUCCACAAGAUCCUGCGGCUGCGCAGCCUGCGCGAGAAGUCCAUCGGAGAGCUGAUCAACAUGUGUUCGACUGACGGACAGCGCAUGUUUGAGGCUGCAGCAGUGGGCAGUCUGCUGGCAGGAGGCCCCCUAGUGGCCGUGUUGGGGAUGGUCUACAAUCUCUCCGUACUGGGACCCACUUCUCUGUUAGGCUCUGCUGUGUUCAUUCUCUUCUACCCUACUAUGAUGUUCAGUUCCAGACUGACGGCCUACUUCAGGAGGAAGGGAGUAGCUGUUACCGACCAGCGCGUUCAAAAGAUGAAUGAGAUCUUGAACUACAUUAAGUUCAUCAAGAUGUACGCCUGGGUCAAGGCUUUCUCACAAGCCGUGCGAAGAAUAAGAGAUGAAGAGCGCCAGAUCCUGGAGCGCACAGGAUAUUUCCAAAGCAUAACCGUGGGCAUUGCUCCCAUCGUUGUGGUGAUUGCUAGUGUGGCCACCUUCUCCACCCAUAUGUUGCUGGGUUAUGACCUCACUGCUGCGCAGGCAUUUACUGUCGUGACUGUGUUCAAUGCCAUGACCUUUGCCCUAAAGGUCACCCCCUUCUCAGUCAAGUCUCUUUCUGAAGCGUCCGUGGCUAUGGAGAGGUUCAGGAGUGUGCUCCUGAUGGCGGAGGUUAAGACGAUUCACGAGAAGCCACGGAAUCCCAGUCUGGCCGUGGAGCUGAGUGGGGCGAGUUUCGCCUGGGACACAACGGGCAACAGCGCGCAGCCCACGCCCCGCGGGACGCCUUACGUGGGGCGGAGUCAGAGAGUGGCACGCAAGAAACGGCACCAGCAGGGGGACACAAGGCAUUGUGAUAUGGCAGAAAUGCAGCACGGGCAUUUGUUGACUGACAACUCUGAGGACACGCCCUCAAGUGCAGAAGACCACACCCUUCACGUGCCCACCAUUAGCCAACGGCUGCAAAGGACCUUGCACUGCAUUGACCUCUCCAUAGAAAAGGGUAAGCUGGUCGGUAUCUGCGGUAGUGUGGGCAGUGGAAAAACCUCCCUCAUCUCAGCCAUCCUUGGCCAGAUGACUCUUCUGGAGGGCACGGUGGCUGUCGAUGGAGAUUUUGCUUAUGUGGCCCAACAGGCUUGGAUCCUCAAUGCCACACUACGUGACAACAUUCUGUUCGGGAAGGAUUAUGAGGAAGAGAGGUACCAGACAGUUCUGAGCGCCUGCUGUCUGAGACCAGACUUGGCCAUACUUCCUAAUGCUGACCUGACUGAGAUUGGUGAACGAGGAGCUAAUCUGAGCGGUGGCCAGCGCCAGCGGAUAAGUCUAGCCCGUGCCUUGUACAGUAACAGAGACAUCUACGUCCUGGAUGACCCUCUGAGUGCUCUGGACGCCCAUGUGGGAAACCACAUCUUUAACAACGCCAUCAGGAAGCAACUGCGCGGCAGAACCAUCAUCUUCGUCACUCACCAGCUGCAGUACUUGGUGGACUGUGAUGACGUAAUCUUCAUGCGGGAGGGAAGUAUCACGGAGCAAGGCAGCCACGAGGACCUGAUGAACCUGAACGGAGACUAUGCGGCCAUGUUCAACAACCUACAGCUUGGAGAAGCUCCUUUGAUCGAGGUACCAAACAAGACCUCUGGGAGUUCCCUUAAGAAACCCUCUGACAACACCAAGGCAGGAUCUGGGAAAAAGGAGAAACCUCCCAGCAAGGAAGACGGUCAGCUGAUGCAGGUUGAAGAGCGGGGUAAAGGCUCAGUGCCCUGUGCCGUGUACGGAGUCUAUAUCCAAGCCUUAGGCGGCCUGCCCGUCUUCCUCUUCAUCCUGGCCCUCUUCAUGCUUAAUGUGGGCAGCACUGCGUUCAGUAACUGGUGGCUGAGCUACUGGAUCAAACAGGGCAGUGGGAACACCACAGUGUUGGUGGGGAACAGCUCAAUGGUGAGCGACAGCAUGCGGGACAAUCCUCUGAUGCAGUACUACGCUGCUGUCUACACCAUGUCCAUGGGCAUUACGCUCUUACUCAAACUGCUGAGAGGCAUCGUCUUUGUGAAGGGAACCCUGCGUGCCUCCUCUAGGCUUCACGAGGAACUCUUCCGGAAGAUUCUUCGCAGCCCUAUGAAGUUCUUUGACACCACACCCACAGCCCGUAUCCUCAACCGAUUCGCCAAGGACAUGGAUGAAGUGGACACGCGUCUGCCAUUCCAAGCAGAGAUGUUCAUCCAGAAUGUAAUCCUGGUGCUCUUCUGUCUGGGGGUGAUCGGCAGUGUGUUUCCUUGGUUCUUGGUGGCCGUGGGGCCGCUGGUGCUCCUCUUCACACUGCUGCACGCCGUCUCACGAGUCUUCAUACGGGAGCUAAAACGGCUGGAUAACAUCACACAGUCACCCUUCCUCUCCCACAUCGCCUCCAGCAUCCAGGGCCUGAACACAGUGCACGCCUAUGGGAAAGGAGACGAGUUCCUCCGCAGAUAUCAGGAGCUGCUGGAUCAGAACCAGGCUCCUUUUUACCUGUUCAGCUGUGCAAUGCGCUGGCUGGCUGUGCGUCUAGAUGUGAUCAGCGUGGCUCUCAUCAGCAUCACGGCUCUGAUGAUCGUUCUCAUGCAUGGAAAAAUCCCCCCUGCCUACGCAGGCCUGGCGAUAUCUUACGCUGUGCAGCUGACAGGACUGUUCCAGUUCACCGUCCGUCUGGCCUCUGAGACUGAAGCUCGCUUCACCUCAGUUGAGAGGAUCCACCACUACAUCAAGUCUCUGUCACUUGAAGCCCCUGCAAGGGUCAAGAACAAGGCCCCCCCUCCAGAAUGGCCACAAGAGGGUGAGGUGGUGUUUGAUGGGGUAGAGAUGAGGUACAGAGAGAACCUUCCACUGGUACUGAAGAAACUGUCCUGCACAAUACGGCCCAAGGAGAAGGUUGGGAUUGUGGGACGAACAGGCUCAGGGAAGUCCUCAUUAGGAGUGGUUCUCUUCCGUCUGGUGGAGCCAUGUGGCGGCAGCAUUAAGAUCGAUGGUGUCAACAUCUGUGACAUUGGCCUCGCUGACUUACGCAGCAAGCUCUCCAUCAUACCGCAGGAACCAGUGCUUUUUAGUGGUACUGUAAGAUCAAACCUUGAUCCGUUCAACCAGUAUUCAGAGGAGCAGAUCUGGGAUGCUUUGGAGAAGACGCACAUGAAGGAGUGUGUGUCUCAGUUGCCCUUGAAGUUGGAGUCUGAGGUUGUAGAGAACGGGGAGAAUUUCUCGGUGGGCGAGAGGCAGCUGCUGUGUGUGGCGAGAGUGCUGCUUAGACAGUGCAAGGUCCUGAUCCUAGACGAGGCAACCGCUGCUAUGGACACAGAGACGGAUUCUCUGAUCCAGGAGACGAUUCGUAAUUCAUUCCAAGACUGCACUACAUUAACCAUCGCACACAGGCUACACACCGUGCUCAGUUGUGACCGCAUUAUGGUGCUCAACCAGGGCCAGGUGGUGGAAUUCGACGAGCCGUCCAGACUGCUGGCCAACGAGAACUCCAGAUUUUGCGCCAUGCUGGCCGCGGUGGAGAACAAGAUUUCCGUGAGAGGCUGAAAGCACGCGCUCAUUAGGAUAGAGGGGAACAUACUUCACUGAAUAGUCCAGCCAUUGGUGCUUCACUGUCACCCCCUCUAGUCUGCGGAGGGGCAAUAUUGUGUCUCCAUGGAGACUGAGUCAUAGACUGUCCGCUGAACAUGUCUGUUCAAACGUACUAAUCGUCAGCUGAAAUGGUCAGGUCACCAAACACUGAUACUGUAAUAAUGUUUUGCAUUAUAUAUAUAUAUAAACGAGGACAUCGGUUUUCAUGUAGCUCCAUUCAUGCGAACUGGUGUUGUUUCAUAGAGUAUAUAUAUCUAUACAUAUAUGAUUCUAUAUUUACACUGGGGGAAAAAGGGUGUACGCAGAGUCCUUCUUUUUUGCACUGGCUCUGUUUGUGUAUGUAACGUCUCAUGUACACUGUAUCAUAACCAUUAAUGUUAAGAAACUUUAUUUUUGCCUACUUGACUUCAGUACGUGUGUGACAUCUCGUGACUUGAACCUCUGAUUUUGUCCAUGGGAUAUUUUGAUAUUUUAGUUCGAUGGCACUGAGUAGACGGGACUUUUAAGUAGAAUUAAAACAGUGCUGCUUAUUCGCUGAAUCCUUGCUUCACACAACAAGGAUACAGUCUCAUUUUUAGCAAAGAGGCCUUGUACAUGUACAGCCUAUUUCCACUGUUACAUUUUGCCUCUACCUUCUGAUUUUUUUGUUUAUUAUUAUUAUUUUUAUUAUUAUUAUUAGUAUUAUUAUCAUUUUAUCCGAUGAUGUACCUAUUUUUAUCAUCCCGGAUGUUUUUUGGCUUGUCUUUGCACUUUCACACAGAAAGAAGACUCACCAGCCCCCUCUGUUGGUGCAUCUCUGACUGUUUUCUUCCUUUUUCCCC